GCCGGAAGUGGUGCGGCACGGAGGAGUGACGUGACGUGCCCGUCCCUGCCGUCUCGAGAGUAAUGAUGCGGGUGUGCUGGUUGGUGAGACAGGACAACCGGCUGCAGCGAAUAAAACUUCCACAUUUGGAAGCUGUCGUGGUUGGGCGCAGCCCAGAGACCGAGAUCACUGACAAGAAGUGUUCUCGACAGCAAGUACAGUUGAAAGCAGAGUGUAACAAAGGAUAUGUCAAAGUAAAGCAGGUAGGGGUCAAUCCCAGCAGCAUUGACUCAGUCGUAAUUGGGAAGGACCAAGAGGUGAAGCUGCAGCCUGGCCAGGUUCUCCACAUGGUGAAUGAACUUUAUCCAUAUAUUGUAGAGUUUGAGGAAGAGGCAAAGAGCCCUGGCCUGGAAACACACAGGAAGAGAAAGAGGUCAGGCAACAGUGAUUCUAUAGAAGGGGAUGCUGCCCAGGAAGCUGAGCCCAGUACAGGACUGGCACCUGGGAGUGACCCCAGCCAAUGCUCUGUGCCCACAAAGAAGGGGAAAGAUGCAUCUACCAAAAAGGAAUCCUUGGGCCACUGGAGUCAAGGCUUGAAGAUUUCUAUGCAGGACCCCAAAAUGCAGGUUUACAAAGAUGAGCAGGUGGUGGUGAUUAAGGAUAAAUACCCCAAGGCUCGGCACCACUGGCUGGUCUUACCAUGGGCCUCCCUUGCCAGUCUGAAGGCUGUGACCAGGGAACACCUUGAGCUCCUCAAACACAUGCACACCGUGGGGGAAAAGGUGAUUGCAGAUUUCGCUGGGUCCAGCAAACUCCGCUUCCGAAUGGGCUACCAUGCCAUCCCCAGCAUGAGCCAUGUACACCUUCAUGUGAUCAGCCAGGAUUUUGAUUCUCCUUGUCUUAAAAACAAAAAACAUUGGAAUUCUUUCAAUACAGAAUACUUCAUAGAAUCACAAGCUGUGAUCGAGAUGGUGCAAGAGGGUGGCAGGGUGACUGUCCAAGACGGGAUGCCUGAGCUCCUGAAGCUGCCCCUCCGUUGUCACGAGUGCCAGCAGCUGCUGCCUUCCAUUCCUCAGCUGAAAGAGCAUCUCAGGAAGCACUGGCCACAGUGACUGCAGAGCCUGGACUUCUGCAGCAAGUAUGGCUGACUGUUUAGAGCAAACUCCUGCCACCUGUUCUGGAUUCCCUGUGAACUUUUACUUGUUUUUUGAAUUAAAACAUGCAGCUUUUUUUUUUUUUACAAA